AUGUUCGUACUUUUCUUCUCGUUCUCAUUUUCGUCGGUUUCGCAUCGUGCCAAUGGGGCGGCGGCGGAUGGAAUAACGGAGGAGGUUACGGUGGUCCCGGCGGUUAUUAUGGAGGUACUUUCACAUUUCUCUUCUCCAUUUCUUUCGCCAAUUCUUUUUUUUCAGGAGGAAACGGUGGAUACGGUGGACAGUAUGGAGGAGGUAAUGAAUAUUGUAGACUUCUAUGAAAAUGUGAGUGCAAUUGCAGGUGGAUUUGGCGGCCAACAAGCGUGGAACGUUCAAAAUGCAGCGAGAAUUGGAACGGAAGUGGCCGAAGGCGUGCUGGUCGCCGAGGAAGUGUCGGAGGCGAUCGGCAAAUGA